UCAUGUUGUUGCGCUGUGACUCCGGUCGUUACGGUAUCGCUUAUGUGUCCGGAAGAGAGAGGCUCGACGGACUGUGCUCGUCGGUUUUGGAUGCUCGUCGGUUUGAUGGGCGAUGGGUCUGAUCGCUCGCGUGCGUAAAGAAUGGUUUAUCAUCGGUAUAGUGCUCGUGAUCACGUGCGCCAAGCUCGCGCCGUCCGUGGGGGUGAAAGGAGGUCCUCUUCGGCCGGAGAUCACCAUCACCUAUGUUGCAGUAUCUGUUAUUUUCUUUAACAGUGGCUUGUCUUUGAAAACAGAGGAGCUGGCCAGUGCAUUGAUGCACGUGAAGUUGCAUUUCUUCGUCCAGACAUUCACGCUAGUAUUUUUCCCCAUCGCCAUUUGGCUUCUUCUCAAAGUUCUGGCCCUGACGGCGAUCAACGAAUGGCUUCUCAGAGGGUUGCAGACGGUUGCUUGUAUGCCUCCUCCUGUUUCCUCUGCUGUCAUCCUUACUAAAACUGUAGGAGGAAAUGAGGCUGCAGCCAUUUUCAAUUCUGCAUUUGGGAGUUUUCUGGGGAUUGUGGUCACUCCUCUUCUGCUGCUGGUGUUUCUGGGCUCCUCGUCUUCUGUCCCGUUCUCCUCCAUCUUCUCGCAGCUCUUCAUGACUGUGGUCGUCCCGCUCAUAGUCGGACAGGUGUGCAGGAGGUUCCUGAGAGAGUGUCUGGACCGCCGGAAGCCUCCGUUUGGGACGGUGAGCAGCGUCGUUCUGCUCAUGAUCAUCUACACCACCUUCUGCGACACCUUCUCCAACCCCAACAUAGAGCUGGACCAUCUGAGCCUGCUCAUCGUCGUCUUCAUCAUAUUUUCCAUUCAGUUGAGCUUCAUGGCCCUGAUAUUUUUCUUGUCUACAAGGAAAUCCUCUGGUUUCACUGCGGCUGAUUCGGUUGCCAUCAUGUUUUGUGCGACUCAUAAAUCCCUCACUUUAGGUAUUCCCAUGCUGAAGAUCGUGUUUGAGGGUUAUGAGCAUCUGUCUCUGAUAUCAGUGCCUCUGUUGAUCUAUCAUCCCGCUCAGAUCCUGCUGGGAAGCAUCUUACUGCCCUCCAUUAAAACAUGGAUGAGCGGCAGACAGAAGACUCUAACACCCAUAUGAACUACACUGUCGAUUGGAAGCUGUGAAACACUUGGCUGAGCCAAACCAGACCAGAAUCAACGAGACCAAACCAGACGAGACGCUGAACAGGUGGAUGUAUAUGUGAGAUCAAGUGCCUUAAUGUGACCCACGGGACCUCAGACGGCCACCGGCCUCAGUACAGGGACUACAGACGAUUCCAUGAGAUUUUUUAAACAGAUACAUGAAUGUAUAUUUUUAUUUUUAUAUGAAGUGUAAAAUCUUUUCUUACUUCAACGACACUCAGACUUUGUCAAAUGGAUUUAUUUAGUUUUUUUUAGACAUCCAGGAAGAACUCUGGAGUCUUUUGUGUGUUCAUGUGUGUUCUUUGGGCUUUGGGGGUUUUUACAGCAGUAAAAACUAAAGUGAAAUUGCACUGCUAACAUCCUUCACAUUUACCUAAUGAUGAGAGUAUUACUGACUCUGUUCAUUUAUUCUGAUGCAGUAAAAGGUCAGCUGUAGUGACGGCGACACCAUUUGACAUGUUAUGUUACUGAAGACAAUAAAGAUUGUCAAAUUCUGUUUAAAUGAGAUUUUGUGUGCAAAUUUUUCUGAUGCAAAAAUGUAAAAAAAAAAGAAAGAAAAAAAGACGACAAAUCA